AUGGUCUCUUCCCCUUUAGUAAUUUCUGCUGAUACUCUCAAUAGAUUGAAUAAUUUUAGAAAUAAUGAAAAUGAAACAUUUUACAAUAUAAACAUUCAACAAAAUGUUGAUUGUAUUAAAAAUAGUAGCAGUGAAAUGAAUAAUAUAAAUUUUUCACAAUGUUCGGACACAGAUUCAAUGACAAUGAUAUGUUCUGACUAUAGCUGUAAUGAUGAUCAUUGUUGUGACUCCAAUGUAACAAUUUAUCAUCCACAUUUAAAUUUCAAUAACUUUCAAUAUUGUAAUGAACAUCAUAAUCUUGAUAAUCAAACAGAAAAUAAAUGUUGUGAGAUACAGAAAUGGUUAGAUUCAAUAAUAAAUGAAGUAAGAUCAGAAAUAGCUGCUGAGAAAUGUGAAUGUUCAAAUAUACAAACAUGUAUACAUGAAAGAGUUUCUUUGGCAAACUUGACACAAAAAGAAAUUGCUGAAAGGAAAAGAUACCAAAACAGGAAAGCGGCAGCAAAAUAUCGUUUAAAAAGGAAAGUUAAUCUUCAAAUGGAUAAAUUUGAAAUGGAUCUAUUAAGUAAGAAAAAUAAAAUGUUAAAAGAAUUGGCUUUUGAAUUAGAAUCAGAAAUAAAAGUCUUGGAAAAUUUUUUAAUUAAUAAUUUUAAUUUGUCACUAGCUUCUUUAUAA